UUGUUUUUCUUCAAGCCAAAACCAAAAACCCAAUUCUCUUUUUUUCUUUGGUUUUAAUUUAUUUUUUUAGUUUGAUUUUUGUUGUGCCUGAUUGCGUCUUCUUCUACCCACAACAAAACCAAAACUGAAACCAGCAUUAAACAGAAUUGAUCUCUCUCUUUUUUUUCCCUUUUAACUCCUUCUUUUUUAGCUUUCUCUCUGUUAUGGCAUUUCCUCUUCUCUUAUCUUCUUCUUCAGGUUGAGCUUGAUAAUUCGUGAACUUGAAUGAUCUGACGAAUGUAUACAAAUACAGUCAGCUCUUAAGACCGAAACAAAGACUGUCUUUGAUUUUACUGUUAAUUUUAUUUUUCUUUAAUUUUCAUCUUAGAGUGCGGUGAUCAAAUUGAAUUAAAAUUGCAAGCAAAAACAUGGGUUAUCUUAACGCAGUCUUGUCGUCUUCAAGCCAGGCUCAAGUUCAUUCUGUUGAUGCGCCAGUUAGCGGAGGCGGCCUUAGUCAAAAUGGAAAGUUCAGCUAUGGAUAUGCAAGCUCUCCAGGGAAAAGAUCAUCAAUGGAAGACUUUUAUGAAACAAGAAUUGAUGGUGUUGAAGGAGAGAUAGUUGGUCUCUUCGGAGUUUUUGAUGGUCAUGGGGGUGCACGAGCUGCUGAGUAUGUGAAGCAAAACCUUUUCAGUAAUCUGAUCCAGCACCCAAAGUUUAUCUCUGAUACUAAAUCAGCUAUAUCUGAUGCAUACAGUCACACAGACUCAGAAUUUCUGAAAUCAGAAAAUACUCAUAAUAGGGAUGCUGGAUCAACUGCUUCCACAGCCAUCCUUGUUGGUGAUCGUUUACUCGUCGCAAAUGUCGGGGAUUCCAGAGCUGUUAUAUGCAGAGGUGGAAAUGCUGUUGCUGUAUCUCGAGAUCACAAGCCAGACCAAUCUGAUGAACGUCAACGGAUUGAGGAUGCAGGUGGAUUUGUGAUGUGGGCUGGAACUUGGAGAGUGGGAGGUGUUCUUGCAGUUUCUCGUGCAUUUGGUGAUAGGCUUUUGAAGCAGUAUGUUGUUGCCGAUCCUGAAAUUCAGGAGGAGAAGGUUGACAGUUCUCUUGAGUUUCUUAUCCUUGCUAGUGAUGGAUUGUGGGAUGUUGUCACAAACGAGGAAGCUGUUGCAAUGAUUAAACCAAUCCAGGAUCCGGAGGAGGCAGCAAAGAGGCUGAUGCUGGAGGCAUAUCAGAGAGGCAGCGCAGACAAUAUCACUUGUGUUGUUGUUCGCUUCCUUGCUAAUCAGGGUGGUUCAUCUCGUGGCAGCUCUGCAUAAACGUCCUUUCCAGCUAUUGCUGGAUUUUGUUUCUCUACCUGGUUGCAAUAUGAACUUGCCAGUCUACAAUUGGUCACAGAAAAACUAGAGUCUUUCGUCCAGUGUAAGUUUUAACGAUAGAAACGCAAACAAACGGACUUACCAGGCUUGUGAUGUGUAUUUUGCAUUAUCAGUCUCUCUAAAUUAGAUGUGCCUCAGUUUAGCAUCUGUUUCUGGUUCUUGAAUGUAGCUAGAAAUGUGCAUGUAUGAAUGUGUAAAAAGUCUUAAGAGUGAAAUUUGAAUUUCCCAUGUUGUAAAUGUAGUUGAAGCUUCUUAUAUGCAAUUAGUCUUUCUUCUUCGAGUUUUAA